UUGAACGCAAGUUUCGCAAGUGCUUUCAGAUUUUCGCGUCUCGUUUGGCUGAGCGGGUGUGUUUACUUUGGACGCUGCAGAGAUAAUAGAUAGAGCGUUGCGUGUCGGUCAAGGUGUCUGUUAACUGUUAGUGGCAAAUCAAGCACAUUUACUACGUUACAUAACGAGCAAUAGGAAAGUGGAAAUAUGGCUCAAAAGAUAUUGCGAAAUGUGACGCACUGCAUCUUCGAUAUGGAUGGAUUGCUGUUGGACACUGAACGCAUUUACGAGGAGAUCACACGACAAAUAGCGGGCGCAUAUGGUCGUCCAUAUCCAGAGGCUGUACGGUUCAGAGUAAUGGGUACUACGGAACGACGAUCAGCCGAAAUAGCUGUCGCUGAGUGUGCAAUACCAAUUACAGUGAAUGAUUUUCUGCAGCGUUAUCACAAAUUGUGCGGCGAACGGUUGAGGAAUGUGCCCCUACUCGAAGGUGCUGAGCGCCUUUUGCGUCAUUUGCACGCGAAUAAAGUGCCAUUCGCUCUGGCCACCAGCUCGGGCGCCGAAAUGGUCGAAUUGAAGACCACACAUCAUCGUGAGCUCUUCAACCUUUUCCACCAUCGUGUCUGCGGCUCCACCGAUAGUGAGGUGAAGAAUGGCAAGCCGGCACCCGAUAUAUUUUUGGUUGCCGCCAGUCGUUUCCCGGAUAAACCUGCGCCGGCCAAUUGCUUGGUGUUUGAAGAUUCGCCAAACGGAGUUGAAGCUGGUAAUAGCGCGGGAAUGCAGGUCGUCAUGGUGCCCGAUGAGCGACUCUCCCCGGAACGUUGCGCCCAUGCCACAAAAGUGCUGCGUUCGCUAAACGACUUUAAGCCCGAAGAAUUUGGACUGCCGCCAUUUAGUAAUUAAAUUUUGAGUGUCCCUGUUCCAUAUUCUAAAUACAAAUUUAUCGUUGUUUGCCAUUUA